AUGCUUAAAUCCACUUUUGAGGCAGAAGGUCUCUUCACUCCGUCGUACUUCCACGUGUUCGUCCGUUUUAUGGAAUGCGCUAUUUUAAUGAGUUACGGAAUCUAUUUGACCAGUAGUACGUCCCAAAUCGUAAAAUGGGUCGGCUUCUUCACCACCGCCUUAGGCGUCGGUCGUUCCGGGUGGGUCGGACAUGAAGCUGGGCAUCGGUCACUAACCGGAAAUAUCAAAGUCGACAAAUUAUUGCACCAACUCUCGUUCGCGAUGAGUAUCGGGGUUUCCCCGGCGUGGUGGAACAGUCAGCAUAAUCGACAUCACGCGAUGCCGCAACGUCUCAAAUAUGACGUCGACUUGGAAACCCUUCCCCUAAUUGCGUUCAAUAAAAAAGUACUUCGAAAUUCGAAAAUGGGUGGAUUUUCAACGAAUAAUUUCUUUAUUCGGAACCAAGCAAAAUUAUUCCUCGUAGUGGAUACGUUUCUGGUCAUGUUUAAUUGGAAAUUCUUCCUUUGCCCUCGCUACGUUCUUAAGAAACGUGCCUACACGGACGCGUUCUUCAUGUCGUUGCACCAUCUCAUCUGGAUCGCGUUUCUGGGUCCUGUAAACCUUUGUAUCAUCCACUUUCUAUACUCGACCUACCUCAUUGGAACCUUCACGCUGAACCACACCCAUCUCGAUGUAACUGAAGAGGGGAAAAGCUGGGUGGAGUACGGCUUAGAGCACACCGUGGACAUCACCUCCACCCCGUUGACAGAUUGGUGGAUGGGUUAUCUAAACUUCCAGAUCGAACAUCAUCUUUUUCCUCAGAUGCCGCAGUAUAAUAAUCACCUCAUCAGAGACAGAGUGGCCGCCCUGGCGAAGAAAUAUGACCUUCCUUAUCAGACGCUCGGAUUUUGGGAAGCGUGGGGAAAAGUUUUCAGAAACUUGGAAGACGUCGGAAACCAUGUGGAGAAGGGGUCGGAAAAAUUGCAUAAUUUAUAA